AUGAAUGCACCAAUUCCUUCUCCGAUUGUACCACCCGUUUCAGAAACCAAUCCAGACAGAUCAUUUUUUGAAAGUGUCCUACCAUCUAUCAGUAAUUUCACCGAAGAUCAAAAGCUUGAAUUCCGUUGUGAAGUUAUGAAAAUCAUACAGCGAAUGAGGAAUCCACCAGCUAUACAAAAUUAUGAACAUUCUCCUAACUUUCCACACUAUACACCUACACAUGUAUCCGGUCCUUUCUAUCCUUCACCUCACCAUUCCAAUUACUUAAACCGUCAUCAAGUUCCCAUAUCUCAAACACGUCUAACUACUUCAUUACCUCAACCACAAAGUCCGAGCAUGAAUUUUAACAUAAUAUCUCCAUCAGCCUCGUCUUCCACAACUAUGGACAAUCAGGCAUACAGCGAAGAAGACAGUAUCGACAUUUUCAGGGAUGGAACUUAA